AUGGAUAUUCCCUACAUGCACCACAACCAGCAUUCGCACAACUUUACUUUGAAAAUGCGUGCCAAAAUGCAACAGCUGCGCUAUCUGCACCAGGCCCAAAUGAACAGCAAAGACAAUGAAGUGUUUAAAGACUUGGAAGAGAAGUACGAAAAGGUUCGAAAAUUGUUGGAAGAAGAUGCAAAAAGAGACCCUGAAACUGAACCAUAUCGCUCGAAAUACCUAGCAAGUUCCCUUUUAAAAGAUAUGAAAUGCAUAUUGGACAAAGUAUUGGAUGAUGUAAAUGCGGAAUGUCAGGAUUAUUUGCGUUAUAAAGCAAUGCUCGGUGCUGUAAACCUUAAUUUAGGCAUAAUUGCAGUUGACACUGAGGAAUUAUCUACAGGAGAGGAACAUUUGACGAAUUGUGUUGACGGGCUUUCGGAGUACAGUACAAAACAAGAAUGUAUUAUUGUGACGUUAACAGCACUUAAUCAACUUGGAAUUUUGUGGUCUCAGCGUGAUGAUCCGAAGAAAUCACAGGCAUAUUUAGAAAAAGCAGAAGUUUUGUAUAAAACGUACAUCAAUUCAGAAAAUGCUCAUAAUAGUUCUUCUGAAUCUGAGAGUUCUCUAGAGCAAGUUCAUACCCUUACUUUAUAUUAUUUGGCCCAGAUAUAUAGUAGUUUAAAUGAUCAUGUAAAGGCUGCAGUUUACUGCCAUACAACUUUACGAAGACAACUGGAGAGCAAAAACUUUGAUCCCAUUGAUUGGGCAUUAAAUGCAGCUACAUUGUCUCAAUACUUUUUAGAGAAAAAUGGAUACAGCCAAGCAAGACAUCAUUUAGCUGCAGCUUCAUACAUACUUGACCAAUAUGAGAAUGAAGGAAAUCUGUCAGUGGGGACUGAGGAAGAGCAAGAAGCAAAAAAGGAACAAUAUCAUCACCGCUGUGCAGAUGUCUCACGGUGUUGGGCAAAAUAUAGUUUGACUCUUCUUGCUGCCUCUAAAGAACGUUUAAUGGCUGGGACUGAUGAAGACGGAUUGAGUAAUAACCUUGCUGAAAUGCAGGUUUCUGAAAACAGCCUUGCUUCACAACAAGAAGUAAGCGAGUUGUGGUUUAUUUCACUUGAACUUUCCACAUAUGAGGAAGGAGUAGACACAAGAUAUGCACUUGUAUUUGAAGAGGCCAGAGAGUUGUUCCGACAUUCUCGGAACUGGCUGUCAAAUGCUCAGACAUAUUAUACGAAGGAGAGCCAUGCUUCAGACUAUGUCCAGAUUGUACAGGAUAUGAGUCAGCUUUAUAAGAAUCUCAUUUUCUUUGAAGAUGAUAAAGAAAGGCAGUGUCGAAUGCAUAAACGGCGAAUUGUAUUGCUUGAGGACGUGUUAAAGGAAUUGAAUCCUCAGUAUUAUCUUCUUGUAUGUCGACAACUAUGGUUUGAGCUGGCUGAAACAUACUCUGACAUGUUAGAAAUUAAGCUAACAAGAGUUCAAGAGACAAAUGAUCAACAGCAGCAAAAUGCUAUUCAACGCAAGGUGCAUCAGUUGGCUGAGAAAAGUAUAGCAAAUUUCAAAACAUUUCUAGAAUCCUUGAAAGGCACACAUUCUAAGAAAAUACCAGAUCCUCUUGGUGAUGAUGUAAUGAGACCGGCUCUGAUUGCUCAUUUUUAUUUGGGUCGUUUGUAUGGUCAGUUACCUACACCUGAUGGAAAAACAUAUCACUCACUUCUUAAAAAUGAGUGA